GACGCAACUAUCGCGAGCCCAGAAUUCAGUACGGAAGCAAGUGUCACGGGUUAAAGAGCUACUUUACAACAAGAGUAAAACAAUCUUUCCAGCAAAUUUAAGACGAGAAUCACCCAGACCUGUUUCCCGGUAGUCCUGCAGACUAUUUUACAUAGAAUUGCAUCCUCCGUGACUUCACCACAGACUAUUGGAGUAACAGUGGAACAUAUCACCAGCCUUGAGGCCAACAAUUCAUCUCAUCACUCCCUCCCCCCCCUAUCUUUGUCACAGGAGAAGCCACACAGCCACGAUGAAUCUGGAAAGACUGCCAAAUGAGGAGAAACUUGGACUUUGCAGAAAAUAUUAUCUAGGUGGAUUUGCCUUUCUCCCGUUCCUUUGGCUCGUCAACGUUGUGUGGUUUUUCCGAGAAGCUUUUGUAAAACCAUCCUACACUGAACAACUGCAGAUAAAAGCAUAUGUGAAGCGCUCAGCACUGGGGUUCCUGUGUUGGCUUGUAGUACUCACUACUUGGAUCACUAUUUACCAGCACUACAGAGCCCAGUGGGGGGAGGUGGGGGACCAAAUCUCCUUCACAAUCCCACUCGGCAUUCCUUAAAUCCUUUUUGUAUUGUAUUUUGGCUAAAUGUUUUUUGAAAAUAAAUCAUGGACUGUAUUAGUUUGUACUAGCACCUGGAUGGGCAUGCUGGGUAAUUUGUUAAUGGAUGAACACUGUUUUACUCUUGUCUAAAUGGCAAAUAAAAAUGACAACCAUG